GAGCUCCCGCCGCCACCGCCACCGCCGAUCGCCGCUCUCCAGGCUCCCAGGACCCGGGCCACCGCCAUGCUCUUCCGCUUCGGCGUGGUGGUGCCGCCCGCGGUGGUCGGCGCUCGGCAGGAGCUGCUGCUCGCGGGCUCGCGGCCCGAGCUGGGGCGCUGGGAGCCGCGCGGCGCCGUGCGUCUCAGGCCCGCGGGUACGGCGGCGGGCGCCGCGGCGCUGGCGCUGCAGGAGCCCGGCCUGUGGCUCGCCGAGGUGGAGCUGGAGGCGUACGAGGAGGAGGCCGGCGGGGCGGAGCCGGGCCGCGUCGACACGUUCUGGUACAAGUUCCUGCAGCGCGAGCCUGGAGGCGAGCUGCACUGGGAAGGAAAUGGACCUCACCAUGACCGUUGCUGCACAUAUAAUGAGGACAACUUGGUGGAUGGUGUUUAUUGUCUCCCAGUAGGACACUGGAUUGAGGCCACUGGGCACACCAAUGAAAUGAAGCACACAACAGACUUCUAUUUUAAUAUUGCCGGCCACCAAGCCAUGCACUAUUCAAGAAUUCUACCAAAUAUCUGGCUGGGCAGCUGCCCUCGUCAAUUGGAACAUGUGACCAUCAAACUGAAGCAUGAACUGGGAGUUACAGCUGUCAUGAAUUUCCAGACUGAAUGGGAUAUCAUCCAGAAUUCUUCAGGCUGCAACCGCUACCCUGAACCCAUGACUCCAGACACCAUGAUGAAGCUGUAUAAGGAAGAAGGCUUGGCCUACAUCUGGAUGCCCACUCCAGACAUGAGCACCGAGGGCCGAGUGCAGAUGCUGCCACAGGCUGUGUGUCUCCUGCACGCGCUUCUGGAGAAUGGACACACCGUGUAUGUCCACUGCAAUGCUGGCGUGGGCCGCUCCACAGCUGCAGUGUGCGGCUGGCUCCACUAUGUGAUUGGCUGGAAUCUGCGCAAGGUGCAGUACUUCAUCAUGGCCAAGAGGCCCGCAGUCUACAUUGAUGAGGACGCUUUGGCUCAAGCACAACAAGACUUUUCUCAGAAGUUCGGGAAGGUUCACUCUUCCAUAUGCGCUUUGUAGGUGACCAGCCCACGACCCUGUGUAGCUGCCUUAGUAAGGAACCUGGGGGUGUGGUUAGUGGAAGACCUGGAGACAAAGGGGACUGUGGCCGGUGUCACCUGGAGAUACCUUCUAUUAUGGCUUGGUUGGGCUUGUGUUUGAAAUGAUUUAAAAAGGAAACUGCAUGCCACAUGAGAAAACUUCAAAGUACACUGGCAGUGCAGUGUAUGCCUGUAGUUGCUGCUGCCACCGGCAGGGGGCCUUUGCUUACAGGCUCUGUAUAGGUUGUUAUAGAUUUGUGACUUUGGCAUGCAGAAGACAAGGGAGUGGUUAAGUGGAUCUUAUCAUUACUGUGAGUGUGAAACACACACACACACACACACACACACACACACCCUACACUGUAUGUGCAUACAUGAAACACAAACAGCUUUUUACUGAAUGGAAUUAUAGUCAUUUGCUGGUGAAAGGGAUAAAUAUGUAAACCUAACUAGGACUCAAAAAGAGCUCCUCCUAAUAGUCAUAGAACAAUGGCUUUCUGUAAUUUCCUUCAUCCCGCUUCAUAGUUGCUGACAUCUCGGAGACGCCACCCUCCUAAUUUUUCUGUCCUCCCAAUAGGAUGGCAGGAGUAGAGUUUGCCCUCUGUCUUUUCUUGUCUUUUUAAUGCCUUUUUUUCUUGAGGCAGAGUUUGUACUACUUGUUUAGGAUAACACACAAAGCUCAGCCUUGAACUCAUGGUAACCCUCCUGCCUCAGCCUCCUGAGAACUGGGAUUAAAGGUGUGUGCCUCCAUACUCAACGACACCACCAUUUUUCAGUUGAGGAUUGUUGAGUGAAGCUGGCUGGUCCAAUACGGUGGGUCAGAAGGAGAUGAAGUUUGGAAUCCAGGUAAUUUGGCUCAGAGCUGCUUUCAGCACCGCUGGUUCUUAGCAGACUGUCAUGGCUGCAGUUCUGUCUUUCUUGGGGUGAACUUGCUACCCGUAUGGUUGUUUCUAUGGUGGGAGAUGAAACAGUGUUCUGAUCCAUUGCCAAAGGAUGUAGGAAAACAGUUGGAUUUUGUUCAACCUACUGUAAGCUGUGGUGUGUGUUCUCAAGGCUAAUUUAUCUGAGCCACAGUUCAAGAGAGGAAGGAGCCUGGGGAGGCCAUGUCCAGACUCUUGGACAUCUAGGGGCUGAUCCUGGCGAGGUCCUCAAUUCCGUAUAACACACAGUUGCUGCGCCGCUCACAUACGUGCUCAAUUCCAUUAGGUUCUAUCAGAAGCACAAACAUCAGCAAAACUUUGCCUCCCAAGAUAUAAAACCUAGAAAGAGACCUGUGUUCCACCCUCUGAAGAUAAUGCCCAACUACCAUGAUGGUAUUAAGGGCACAGAAGGGGGCUUGUCUUCAGCUGAAUGCCACUCUGUGUCAGUUGAUCCCCCAUCUCUGAUGCCAUCGUUGUUCUCUCUGGGAAAGGUCAUGAUCUCCGUUCAGAUGGGGAAGUUGAGGCCCAGAGAAUUUAAAGCACAUGUUCGUUUCUGUUGUCAUGGAUGCAAAGCUAGGUUUGUCUCUCAUCUCAUACUGCCAAAAGUUAAACUAUGAUGCUUAAAUAUGUUUCUCUGCCUUAUUUUAUAAGUGUGUUAAUAGAUAGCAGAGAGGUUACUUGGGAGGGGCAGAGACAAUAAGGCCACAGCAUAAGUUGAGUAGUGCUCAGAACAAGGAGCAUAAUCUCAGCGUGAUGGCA